AUGCCAACUUGGCAUGCAGUGUUGAUCGCCAACAACGGUGAUGACCUGGCGCAUGCGGUUCGCGAUGCCCAGCUGGUCGGCCAAGCGCUGUUGCGCUGCAACUUUUGCAGGAGGGAGGAUUUGCGCAUGGUCCUUGAUCAAACGGGUGAUGAAAUCAAGAGGGUUUUAAAGGAGGUGAUUCACAACUUGGCGGCAGAUGCUCAGCUCUUCGUUUGGUACUCUGGUCAUGGCUAUGGCAGGCUGACAGGUGGCUCGCUCCCUGAGAGUCUUCGGGGCAUCAUGAACAGGCGUUCACAAGAACCUGCUUCAAAGGAUUACGAUUACGUUUGUUCGAUGUGUUAUGCCGGGCUUCAAAUGUGCUUCGCCUCCAAACGCACUCCAGAGAACACGCGAGACUCCAGAGCUAAGUUCCAGGGGACCUUUCUCUUGCCAAAAAGAGAAAUCGAGUACCAAGAAGAAGGAAUUGUUGAAACGAUCCGUGGCCUUUGGCUGGAAGAUACCUUGUUUGGUAUCAUGGCAAGUGAGGAAAAGGAGCACCUGAGGCUUUGGUGUGUUCUGGCAACCUGCCGGCCACAAGAUGAUGCUUUUACAAGCCGAAGGACGAGCAACGAGCACAGGUACACGUUCAAGAUGGAGCCGUUCGAGUAUGUCCACAAUGUUCAGUUGCUAAAGAAGCAGCGGUAUCAAUUUAUGUAUGCCUGCGACCUUGGGCAAUCCAUGUACGAUGCCUCCAUUUUUGCCCUGUCCUUUUGCUACAACAUGGAAUGCCAGCCACGAUCUUCAGAUGAAUUGACGAGGAACUUAACAACUGACAUUGGGUUGUUGUCCUUCGGUCAUUUGCGCUCCCCGAAGGUUCUUGGAAAUCUCAUGAACCCACUUCAGAACACCAAACUAGCACAGAAGCAGACUAGAAAGGAGGUCCUCUAUGACAGUGAAUGGCUGGAGGCGAUAGGACAGGCCCAGCCACUAGCGGAUUACCUGCAUUUUCUUGCUGAUGACGAGAUCUUCAUGAACGAGUCAGAUGAGGAAGAAGAUGAGGAAAAAGAUGAGGAAGAAGAUGAGGAAGACGAUGAGGAAGAAGAUGAGGAAGAAGAGGAGGAAAAGGAGUCUGAAGGUCUCCACGAAGACUCUAUGCAGCAUAAUUACAAUGAAUAUGAAUCUGCCCUAGACAAGUCUGUAAAGAUCAUCAAGAGCUUCAACAACUGUGAUUCUCACUUUAAACCACUGGAACAUCAAAUUCCUCUUCUCAGCUGUCGCACACUGUGUGAAGUCAUCGAAGUCUUGGCAGACCAUCAAGCUCCAUCCUCAAGUGCUCGAGGCUAUGUUCACCCAACCAACUGGAAGCCCGAAGGUUGCGACGCUCAACAUCUCAUUGAUGACCCGCGGUGUAAGCUGAAUCUGCCAGAAGAGGUGAUCCGCAUCGUUGGCAAUGCGGUCAGGAGGUUGAAGGAUCCAAACGCGUUUCGGAGUGGCCGAUGGUGCUGGACUGACUCCAAGUGCGCGGUGUUCGGGCAGAAGGCAGCCAAGAUGAACCCUCUUCGCUGGAGUAAAAGAAUGACUUUGACCGACAUGGCAGAAGAUCUCCGGACAUGUUGGCAGAAAGACGUGAGGGGUGUGACGAUCCUCUUCAACAAGAACAUUGUAAAGAGCUAUGCAGACCAAUAUAAUGCAAUUGAAGAGUUGCGCGAAGAGUUGCGUGACCUGAAGAGAAAGGAUGAACCAUUUCCUUCCGACACCUUCUUGAGGAUGCUGCAAGAAUUGGGAUCCUACUUUACAGUCAAGAAGUAUGAAGCCAAAGUGCCGGUAUGUAAGGAAAAAGAUGCCCAACACUGCGUGAACGGCCUGAACACCUACUAUUUUGUUUGUGAGCGAGCGUUGGGCGACAUUGAGGAGGCUGGUGCUGAUCUCCAGAAAAAGCUAAAGGAUCGGUGUGAGGAAUUGUGUCUCCGCAGGAGUGAAUUGAAGGUGAUUCGCAAGCAGAUGCGUUUGUAUGUGAGUGAAGGCAGCUUCUGGGCGAUUGUGGUUUCUCCGGUGAAGUUGAAUGAGGAUGGAUUGAAGUUGGUCCUUGAAGAGUUCGUCGACCAAAAGAGGUCCUCCUCUUUGGGGUGGGCAUGCGCUGAAGCUCCAUGGCAGGUGCCAGAUUUUGUAGCACCAGGAUUUCAGAACGUGGUGAACCUGGUGGAAGGUCUACGUGCAGAAAUCCAUGUUCCAAGCUUGGUGCUGCUGAGAGGCUCCUUCUUCAAGGACCUUGCAAGGCAGCUCAUCCAGAGAAAUGGCGAAGAGGCUGCACAAUGGCAGGUGCGUGUAGUCAACAACUACAGAGAUGUGGAAGACCAUGACUGGUUGAACCCUCACUGCAACGUUGAUCUGCACUUUGUGCAGAGCCUCCACUGGCCGACAUUGUAUUGGGAGAAGCCCGAGCUAUUGGAGCGAUUGAAGACCUUUGCAGAUCGCAGGCCUCAGAGCCAAGUUCUGCAUGCAGUUGCCUUCCUGAUUCAUGCCAUCCAGAAAGAUCCGGAGUGGUUGGGCAUGCUACUGGGCAGUGAAUGCAGGUCCUGA